AUGACCCCGGAAGCUUCUGCCAGCCUUGUUUCACAUGUAGGGGCUUGUGGGGUGGAGGCGCUGCACACAGCUUCUCUCUUGCUGAGUCGCGUUGCCUUCGGUGAAUACUGUGCGGACACAGUAGCCCACACUGUGCCCCGCACUCCCUCCAAGCCCUCGGCCGGGGCUAAAGGCGUCCCAGCGGUGGUCAGCCAGCCUCUGGGCAUCAGGCAGCCGCCUGAGCUAGGGACCAGGGCCGCUGCUCGCACCGGCCACCCACGCCCCUCGCCCGGCCGGUCCCCGCCCCCGCGCGCCCGGAGGGACUCGUCGUGUGACGCGUCCACCUCCCGGCAGCCCGCCGGCUCUCGCCCCUGGACGGCCGCCACCCCGGGAGACGCGGAGGCGGCGGCGGCUUGUCCCCGGAGGAGCCUGGAGCACCGUAGGAUGCGGCAGCCGCGCGGCCUCUCCCGGAGCCGCAGGAUACCCGGGCCGAGCCCGCCCUCGCUGAGCGCCGGGGACCGGCAGGAGGCUCUGGUUUUGGGUCCCUCCCCUUCGCUCAGAGUCUCGUAG